UAUUCCUUUCAGUAUCCCCCGAGCUCCCGCGAGCGUACUAGCCUGUGAUAAAUACUAGUCAGUUACAAGUGCCACAGCCGCUGCUGCAAUAAUGUCAAGUAAUACACUAGUGACCUGAGCACCCGAUAUUUUCACCCCCAAAACUGUAACGCUAAUCCCGCUUGUGUGAAUUGGAUUACCAGUGUUUGUAAUUUUUUGAUGUACCAAUAAUUAAGGCUAUACGUAAAGCAGCGAAAAAGCCAAAAUGGAGCAGUUUGAAUCGCUGUUGACGUGCUGCGUUUGCCUCGACCGGUACAGGAACCCAAAACUGCUGCCAUGUCAGCACAGUUUUUGUAUGGAACCUUGCAUGGACGGGCUUGUCGACUACGUCAGACGACAGGUCAAAUGUCCAGAAUGCCGUGCAGAACACCGAAUCCCGUACCAAGGAGUACAAGGGUUCCCAACAAAUGUAACUCUUCAACGGUUCCUGGAACUGCACGCUCAAAUAGCAGGGGAACUUCCAGAUCCCACUGCUGGACAGGUCAUGGAAAGAUGCAACGUUUGCUCCGAAAAGGCUUACUGCGCACCAUGUGCUCAUUGCGACAAGAAAGUCUGCGAAGACUGCAAGUCUGCACACAUGGAAGUACUUCGUCGGGAAAUUUCAAGGAUCAACAAUCAAAUUCGACGCGGUGUUAAUAGGCUUCAAGAUAUUUUAGCAAUAGUUGAACGCAACACGACGAAUCUUCAAACAAACUGCGGAGCAGUUGGUGGAGAAAUAGAUGAAAUCCACAAAAGACUUUCAAAGGCAUUGAAAGAUAGAACUGACUUCCUAAGGAACGAGGUCGACCGUUACUUAGCAACUGAACUGAGAAACCUCACUCAUCUUAAAGAUAACUUAGAGUUAGAAUUAAGUAAUAUACAAAGUAAUUGUGAUCUCGCCGAUAAAUACAUGAACGACGACGUAGAAUGGGAGGACACUGAGUUAGUGGACACCAAAGAGAUCUUCCUCAAGACAGUUGAAUUUCUCAGAAACUUCGAUUAUGAAGCUGGUGAUUAUAAUCGUAGAAUACGAUUUAUUAUGACUCAUGAUCCUAACCAGUUGGUGAUGCAUGUUGCAAGCUAUGGUGAACUGAAUAUCACUCAACCAAAUGCUUAUUCUGGUGGAAUGCAACAGAGCCAAGGACUAACGAGAUCUAAGAGUGAUCAUCGCUUGGCGACUCAAUUCCGCCAGCAAGAAGAAAACAAAGGUUAUACAGAAAAUGAUGAACCUAUUUUGGGAGGUAGGAAGUUUGGUGAACGAAGACCACCUCCUCCAGAAAAGCACACAAGAGAUACAUAUGGUACGACUGACGAUUACAGUGGUUAUGAGUCAGAGCAUAGACCAUCCCGCAGAUUCCGUUCCCGAUUUGUUAGGAGUCACCAACAAGACAACGACUCGGACACGGAAUCUAGUACCCGUGCGGCUGCUGUCAAAGCUGAACAGCUUCAAAAAGAAAAAGAGAAGGUCACCGAUACUGAAGACGCAACUCGCGGUCCACUCAGUGGUAUAUUUAGACUCAGUGACUGUCCUCGAGUCAUGCAAAGGAUUAUGGAUGUAGACAGUGGAAAAAAGAAGGAAAAAAAGGAGCCACCGCCUCCACCGAAACCGGUUCAACCAGCACCGCAAGUACGUCGACCGCCAGCACCAGCGCGUCAGCAAAGUGAGGACGAUGAAAUCUCACGACUCAAAAGACAAAACAAAGGUGCUGCAUCAUCGCAGGAGCCUGACAGAGCUCCUCAACGCGCCGCAGAAGAAGAGAGGAACUCUAUAACUCGUAAACCACCGACACCAGCUCGGGAGGCGUCCAGCGACGGUGAAUCCGAUGAAUCUGUUGGAUCUUUGCAACGAACGCAGCAACGUAAGGCUGCCGCGCCAGUUCCCAAACCAACCGUAACAGCUAGACGGCCCUCAGCUACUGAGACUCCGGCACCUCAUCGCCCGGCCGCCCGUGCUCCUAGCACCGAAUCAAGCGCGUCUACAGAAAGCUCCGGCUCGGCGGUUAAACACACAGGUGCGAUACUAUCCAUCGCAGAACUUAAAGCCAAAUAUAGUACCGUUGGGCUCCCACCAAAACCAGGCAUUCGUUUUCUUUCCGCAGGCAACGAGAGAACAACACCCGUGACAACGAACGGAACAGCCGGCGGGGCACAGCGCGUUCAAAGCCGUUUUGUUGGGUCCCAGCGGCCGACGCCCGCUCCGGCGCCCGCCGAGCCGGCUCACGAAGACUCAGACACCAGCUCUGAAGAAGAGACUGACUCGUCGGAGGAGAGUGAAGAGGAGCCUGCAACGCAAAGAAAGCCCGAGAGCCAGGCGAUGGCUCGCAGCGAUAUAGGUCCGCUCUUAGCUCGCAGCACUAACGCCCGUAACGACGCCCACGAAACCAAACCAACCAAAGAAACUCCUACUCAGUCACGAUACCGUACCCGACAAAGUUCACAGACCGAGGAAGAACCCCCGUCCCGCUACAGCACUAGCUCCUCGUACGGUAACCGUUACGGUAGUAAGCCGAAAGAAGAACUCGAACCACAGUCCUCGUUGGACGAUGAAUCUAAGUAUCCGACUGCUCGGUCUAGGUACCUCGCCUUGAAAGAACGUCGUAACCGUCUCGCUAGAAGCAAGAGCAGCCACACCGGCUUCGGUGUGGGAGAUGAUGACGAUCAAGACGAUCCCGUAUCUCCGACGACAGCGUCGCCCUCUGCGUACCUCGCGGCUCGAUACGGCUCCGGCACUGGUGGUUCGGAGUUGUCUCGCAGCCGGUCCUCGCACGCUUUGAAGUCUAGAGAGAACUCGCCCGAGCGGACGGUCACGGGCGAGAAAGACGGCGCAGCCUUGAGCUCCUGGGCGAGGUAUUUGAAAAACAAGUACGGAUCGCGGGGCAAAGACCGUGACACGUCGAGCGGAACGUCGAGCACGUCCCGUCGCCUGUCUCUCGGGCUGCCAUUACGUUCGGCUAACGAGCUUGCCAGUUCUGAUGACGAUUCAAAAAACGCGGCAGGCUCCCCCAUCUCCCCUACGGCGGCUACAGCAGCGGUAGCAGGUUUCGCAGCAGCAGGUUCCUCCCCUAGGAGCCAGUAUCUGCAGAAACGCCGUUUACAAUUCAGCGUGGGGAGCCGGGGGAGCGAACCCGGUUGUUUUACUUGGCCUCGUGGCAUCGCUGUUGGCCCCGACAAUACUAUGGUCGUGGCUGAUUCUUCAAAUCAUCGAGUGCAGGUGUUCGACUCAAACGGCAUCUUCGUGAAGGAGUUCGGACAGUACGGCAGCGGCGAAGGAGAGUUCGACUGCCUCGCCGGCGUCGCCGUCAACCGCAUUGGGCAGUACAUCAUCGCGGACAGAUACAAUCAUCGCAUCCAGGUCUUCGACCCUCAAGGCCGUUUCCUCCGAGCAUUCGGCAGUCAGGGCACUGGAGACGGCAAGUUCAACUACCCGUGGGGCAUCACCACGGACGCGCUUGGCUUCAUCUACGUGUGUGACAAGGAAAACCAUAGAGUACAGGUGUUCCAAUCAGACGGCACAUUCGUGGGCAAGUUCGGCAGCUUCGGCUCGAAACUGGGCCAGCUUGAACAUCCCCACUACAUCGCCGUCUCCAGCACCAACCGAGUCCUGGUGUCGGACUCCAACAACCACAGGAUCCAGGUGUUCGACGUUAACGGUCGCGUGCUCUCAUCGUUUGGAGAGGAAGGCUCUGAGGAUGGACAGUUUAAGUUCCCGAGGGGUGUAGCCGUCGACGACCAAGGCUACAUCGUGGUGGCUGAUUCUGGCAACAACCGCAUCCAGAUCUUCCACCCUGAUGGCACGUUCCUGAGAGCCUUUGGUUCUUGGGGCUCCAGUGAUGGGGAGUUCAAGGGUCUGGAGGGCAUCGCCGUCAUGUCUGGAGGCAACAUCAUAGUGUGCGAUAGAGAGAACCAUAGGGUGCAGGUGUUCUAAAGAUGGACAUCAACGAAUCGCGAUGAAAGAUCUGUAUUAGAUACAUAAUUACUCUUUAUUAAUUAUGUUUGAUUUAACUUUAUGUAAAUAAGAGCGUUGAAAUCAAUUUAUUUACAUUGCAAUUUGCAUUACAUUUUUUAUGUUAUACUGUGAGCUUCACUUUUUGAAUAAAAUUGUUUUGUCCA